UGGUAGCUAGCUUUACUGACACAGAAAUGAGAGGUCUGUUCAGUGCUUAAAUAGCUGAGAAACAAUGGGAUAGUGCAGGAAAGUUAACAAUUAACAGUCUCAGCUUAAAUUUUGUAACUGCAGGGAACUGGAAACACAGCUGCCUCUCUCUUCAACAAAAUCAGGUCUCCUGGUUAAGGGAAGAAUUUUUGUUAACAUCUUAGUUUCUGAAAAAUAAGCAGCUCCGAGUUGAAUGAGUAUAAUGCAGUUAUGGUUUUAACCAGCCUGCUCAUAUUUAACCAUCUCUGCUCAUUUUAAAGAGAGCAGCUGAGAGAGGGGUAACGAGGCUUCUGAAAUGCUUUUUACUUUACUUUUUUAAAUGAGGGUACAGAGCAAAAAAGGGAGCUGAAGGCAUCCGGCUGAAGAGAAGCAGCAAGGAAGAUGGGUCUGCUAAGUGUGGAUUUGCUGAUCACGCUUCAGAUCUUGCCGGUCUUUUUCUCCAAUUGCCUCUUCCUUGCGCUGUAUGACUCUGUGAUCCUCCUGAAGCACAUGGUGCUAUUUCUGAGCCGGUCUAAGUCUGGGCGCGGUGAGUGGCGGAGGAUGCUGACCUCGGAGGGGCUGCGCUGCGUCUGGAACAGCUUCCUCCUGGACGCCUACAAGCAGGUCAAACUGGGAGGAGAAGCCCCAAACUCCAGUGUAAUCCACAUAGCCAAGGGCAGUGAUGGCAGCAGUAGCAGCUGGAAGAGUGUUGGUGGCAAGUGUGGAACCAAAUGCCACCUUCUGGAUUUUGCCAACUCCGAGCGGCCACUGGUGGUCAACUUUGGUUCAGCUACCUGACCACCAUUCACAAGCCAGCUGUCGGCCUUCAGCAAGCUGGUGGAGGAGUUCUCUGGUGUGGCUGACUUUCUGUUGGUCUACAUCGAUGAGGCUCACCCAUCAGAUGGCUGGGCUGCCCCUGGAAUCUCUCCCUCUUCAUUUGAAGUUAAGAAACACCGGAACCAGGAAGACCGAUGCGCAGCUGCUCACCAGCUCCUAGAGCGCUUUUCCUUGCCACCUCAGUGCCAAGUGGUGGCUGACUGCAUGGACAACAAUGCCAAUGUGGCCUACGGGGUUUCAUUUGAGCGAGUAUGCAUUGUGCAGAGACAAAAAAUCGCCUACCUGGGAGGCAAAGGCCCCUUUUUCUACAAUCUUCAGGAGGUUCGGCUUUGGCUGGAACAAAACUUCAGCAAAAGAUGAAAUCCGUUCUCUACAGAAGCUAUGUCAACAGAUGUGUCCCUUUAAGGUGAUGUAAAAGGGAAAAAAAGAAAACGUAUGCUGGUUUGAAUAAGGCCUUUCAGAUGAUUGCAGGAGAACACAUUUGAUAACAAGGUCAAAUGAACGUUAACUAGGAAAAGAAAAUAAAACAAAAAACUAACUCCACAGAAAAGUUAUUGUACGAAAAAAAUCCCACUCCUUUGCUUCCUACGGGACAGAAGAGGUGAAGAGGCUUCUGCGAAAAGGUGCUGCUGGCGAGCAGGAAGAGUGGUGAGAUAAGACCUGUCUCCCAGGAACCUGUCUCAUGAAGUGUCAGCCCUGGGGUGAGCCAGAAACGUUGCUUCUUGGAAGGCAAUCCAUGGAAAGGCAAUGCCGUAUAGUUCAUCAGAAACGCUUCUUUACCCUCCUGUGGCCAAUGCAAGUGACCUGGGAGGAGCCGGGGGCUUGCAAUUACUUCGCAUAGAAAUGCAGUGGAUGUGACGAUUGUCCUCUCUCCUAGAGAUUUUAUUGUUCCGAGACUACAGGAACCACCAUGCAAUGCAUCGUGCAUGCAGACUGGCUGCUCAGAUCAAGAUGAAACAUUGUAUGCUGGUAUUUGUACUCUCUAUGGAUGCCUCUGCACAGCAUAUUAACUAUGUAAUUCUAUCUAUACGUUUGUAUCCAGUAUGCAGGCCUGUGCCUGCUGAGAAAGAUGCUAAAAUCUAUGGGGUUGGACCGAAAAGGCAAAGGUGAUCAAAUAAGCCCAUUGCAAUUUGAAAACUAAAAAACCUGGACUAUUUGUAACAAAACGAGAACCAUCUAGAGCAUGCAUCACGAGACAAAACUCAGCUGACGCCAACCAACCCUCGGUUCUCAAAGCUCUCAACACACAUUUAUCAAUAUUCUCUGGUUCUCUUCUCUGUUUCUUUACUCGCCUCAAUUUCUUUCUGUCUAGCAAUAGGCUUAAAGGUAAUUUCAUUUUUAGCUUUUUAAAAGAUAACUUAUUUCUCUCUUUUAUUUUUAUUUGAAAUAAUGACCUUACAGAUGUAUUUUGGGGAUGGGGGAACUUAUACACAACUUUACCUCAUUGAAAUGGAAACCUGUCCUGUCAUUUACCCUGUUAAAUGUAGUCAUGCUGAUUUUUGCUAUCUUAGAUACCUGCAACUAGUUUAUAGCUACAUUAGUUUGUCUGGAAGUUAAGUUGUUUGCAGCCUCGGAAUUGAUUAGGUGCAGCUCUGCUAUCAGACGAGGUGAUAGUCUGCUUCUUUCACUUGUGUUCUCAAAAGCCUUCCCAGAGAAACAGGGAGGACAAAUAGUGUGAAUUAAUGUGAAUAAGUGUAAAAGAUGGCAGAAUUUUCAUUCGAAUGGGUCUGAGGAAAUAUUAAUUAUGUUUAAAGAGAUACUGUCAACUUCAAGUAUACAUUAAGUUUAGGUAUUUUUAAAAAUAAAAUGAUUUAAUCAAGCCUAAAAGGCAAGUGUACAAUUAACUAACCCAUUAGAGCUGAUAAAUGAAAACCCGUAAGGAGAUGGACUAUCCAAGUUUUCUCUCAACUUUGGCAGAAACAUGAAACAGAUAAACAGGGUAAGUGGCAAAAAUCAAAUUAGUUCUUUUAAUUUCUCAUCCUGCCAGUUGUCAGGAAUAUGAUAUAUUGAUACUAACACAGGAAAGAACAGAAAAUACAUACAUAAAUACAUCCAUUUCCACAAUGUCCCUUUAAUUUUGUGUAUUUCUUCUUGCUUGGCUGUUAGUCAACUUAGCCAAUGUACAAGGCAUUUGGAAAUGUGUUUUCAAGCACAGAUCUGAAAUAAUGACAGUAACAUGAGAGAUUUCUCCCAUAUUCAGGUUCAUGCUUCCCUUCCUUCUCACAUUUUCCUCCACACACUGUUAAACAUAUACACACACACACUUGCACAGUUUGGUAAUGUGUAUCAGGGAACGGUGUAAAGAAUGGUCUUCAGACCUUCUGGUGAGCCCCACUUCUCAGAAGGCAUGUGUCUGUGUGUGUGUGUGUAUGCAUUUAUGUAUGCAUAUAUAUGUAUAUCAUAUAUUUUUAUGUAUAUACAUAUGCAUGCACACAUAAGUGGUGUCUAAAAGACCAAUAAUAAUAAUAAUUAUUAUUAUUCUGUCCUCCCAUUCAUUAAUGUUACUGUAACUCAUUGCUCAGUGUGGAAGAUUGUUAUACAUUUUCAUGACUAACCGGGAUAUAUAACUGAAAUUUUUAAACCUAAUAUCAUAGAAACAGUAACAUAGCCAAACUACGUGGUUUAUUUAAUCCAGUGUCCUACCUCUGACUGUAUCAGAUGCUUCAGGGGAAGGUGCAAUAAUUUCUUCUGGAAUUUUCAUUAGCUUCAGCCCUUAUUAUUUUUGUCGUGUCUAAUGUGAUUGUUGAUGUCUCAUCAUCCCUAUGAGAGGCUGAUCCAGAGUUUUGAGAUCUAACUAUUUCUUGAGGUAGGGAAUAGUAAAGUCAAAACCCACCAUGUUUAAGAACAAAGAAAAACAAAUAAAACCAGGUUUUUUUUUCAGAUUUAAAUUGGCUGCUUUUCAAUGUCAUUCUCAUCUCUUGCUCUCGUAUGCUAAAACAGUACAAGCAGGAGUGAUCCCAAUUUUUCUUCUGUAUGUCAGUGAUUAUAUACUCUAUAUAGAAAUGUAGAUACCUUUUGUUUGUUUCUUAAGCCAAACAAUAAUUCACAUUCUUAUACAGGUCCAUAUUCUUUGCCUGUCUCUGAAUCUCUUCUGGUUUUGCUACACUGUCCUUUUACUCAGGUGAGUAAAGCUGUAGAUGUUACUCCAAGUGAAAAUAUGUAUUGAUAUACCCAGCACAACAUCUUUUCCUUAUUAUAACCUAUUCUUCAGUCAUCUGAAACUUUAUUAAUCCAUAGCAACUCCAUAGCCUCUGUAAAACUUAAACUAGUAAGUCUUUUCUUUCUCUCCUUUUCCCCAUCAUACAGUUGAAGUCUGCACUGUUUAUCUGGGAAAUGCUAGCCAAAUGUUUAGCACAGCUGUUGAAACACACCUUUAGCUCGGAGGAGAGAGUCUGAGUUAGUAAUUCAGUUAGUUAAUACCCCUUUGCGUAUCUAAAGUUACAGUUAUUUUUUCAAGUCCAUUUUCUCCUUUUGAAUUGCCAUUAUUUUGUCUUGUUAUUCAUAGAUGCCUGUUCAUCACAUAGUAUAAAGGAAUUAUAAAAUUGGCUCCUGUAAAUGGGAAAUCCACAAGGAUUUUCCACAAGAAAAAAUACACAAUAACUUCAUUUCUUUCUUGGCAACAUGAAUGCAUUACCCUGCCCAAAACUUAAAGAUAGUUCAGCCUCACUGAUUGUCAAGACAGAAAUACAUUUUGCAAAACCUUAGAUUUCCCCAGAAAAUUUGUGGUCAGAAAGCAGGGCAAGUAUUUCAAAGAGAAGUGGACUUAGAGGAAAAAAAUGUCUUUUGUAAGUGGCUGAUAGAAAUACAAGCUCUUUGUUUUUUUUGUUGACAAAACUAAAACAUUUUAUAGAAAAGGUUUUAAAUUAAACUUCAUGCAUUGUCCUCAGUUAAUGAUAGAAAUGGACAUGUGUCAGAUGAUGCCCAGAAUUAUUGUAACAGUGGGUUGUUUUGGGUCCAGGCAGAAAUUUUGCUACCUUGCUAGCAUUGUCCUUCACAAUUGGUCUAGUCUGCUGUGAGGCUGGAUUUGCUUUUGUCUCUUAUUCUCACUGUUUGAGGGCACUAAACCAUAUUACUUGAGGUGCUUCAGUGUGACAUACAUACUGAGCAAUAGCUCACAAAAUAGGUGCCUGAAAGUAUUCUGGAAGGCUACUGUAUAUAAUAGAGACCCCAAUACUGUGUCUCAACAUUAGUAUGGGAAACUUCCAGUACUUUUUCAUUUUGAGCAAGGUAAAAAGCUAUUCUGGGCUAUCGUUCUAUGUUUUUCUGUGCUUAGCAUCAUUAUUUAGCACUGUAUAAGAUGAAUGUAAAACAUUUUGUACAGAUGAAAAUGAUAGCAUUUUGCUCUUGCUUGUGUAGACAAUGACAUAAAUUUAAGGCAGCAGGAAAGCAUGCCCUGUCUAUUAAAAAGAAAGAGAUAUAUUAUGAAAUAUAUUGUUGAACAACUGUCUGAACACUUUGAAAAACAAAAUGCAGUCAUUUUUAUGAAGGUGAUCUUGGUGGGGAAACCAACAAAGCUUCUCAAAAAGGUAUCAGUGCUAUGCGUUCAGGUGUGUGUGGGGAGGGAGGUUAUGUUUCUGUAUGUGUGAAAGUGGCUUUUCUGUGAUGUGGACUGUAGGUUUAAGAGUUUUUAAGACUUUCAUUCAGUACUAUAACCAAAGCAAUAAGAGGUAUCAGGUAGGGAAUAUUGGCCAGUUUUGUUCAACUCUACACGAUAUCUGUGCCGGAUCCAUAUUCAGUGACCUUUGGGCCCAAUUUGGAGGCUUCAGAGAAGAGAGAUUGGGGUGAGACAAGGAAGGCUUGUGUGCUUAUGAAGAUCGCUAACAAAAGAGUAAUUAACUCAGUUGGCGUUCAGAUGCCCUCACACUGGCAUUCCUCUGUGCACCUUAGUGUUUCUGUAUUUGAAAGAGGGGUCUCUUUGGGGCUGUUAAUAAGAUCGCCGGUGUGUAGAUGCCUGUGUGUGCUGACUAUGUGUGUGUCAUUGUUUAAAUGUCAAAAAUACACUUUGUAGGAGAGCCAGCAAAAUUUUGUUACAAUAUGGUGCUCCAUGAAAUGUGCUUUCUAGAGUUGUUUUUCUUGUAUUAUAAUAAACAAUAAAGGAAAAUAU